AGGAAAAUAAAUAAACCUGAAGAUUUUAUAGUUUUCAAGUGGACUCCCUACAUUCAUAUUGCAUUUGUUCUUUGACUCAGGCUAGUGCUGGGCGAUUUUAUCGACAAAACCGAUCCAACCACAACUAUGUAAAUUGCUAAGUCCGAUGCAGCACUCUAAGUAUUGAAAUUGAGUAUUGAAAUACCUUUGAACUAACGAGGUUAGUCAAGUUAAAUUGUCCUGAAACAUCGUCCUGUUGUGACUUCCCAAAUGCGACAAGUUGAAUCAUCACCUCCAGAAACAAUGAACUGUCCUUCAGAUUCAACAUCAACAGAGCGAACCUCAUCUGUAUGUCCAUUGUAAAAAAAGUGAUAAUAAAAAAGUAAAGGGAUUAAGAUCUUUGGGCUUGGGCAAAUUUGGAAGUUCAUUUUCUUUGAGUCAGAACUCACAAAUAAAUAAUUAUCAUCCGAAUAAAAGAUCAAUUGCGAUCUCUUACGUGCUAACUCAUUUCAUCUAGAUCACGAUGAUUUUUUGUCAAAUUGAAUGGACAAAUUUUGAAGCGUUUUCAAUUUAUUUUGAAUUUUGGUUUGAAAAAAGCGCUUUGGCCCAGGUCGAGAUUAGUUUUGCCCAAUGAUAGGUUCUUUUAAAUAUAAUACUAAACUUUUCCGAUCUGGCCAGUUUUACUUUCCCUUUAAGUUAAACUCAUUUUCUGUUCAUGUGUUUCUUGUUCAUCUGCGAUACAAACACAAAUUGAUUAAAAUGUUAAAAUGGAUACUUGUUAAAAUGUUACAACAGAAUUAUGAUUCUAAUAAAACUACAUUUAGAGUAAAGUUUUUUGGUGAAUAUCAUGACAUAGUCAUUGAUUGGGACGAUGAUAAAUAUGGCUACAAACAACAGCUCCAAAUAUCUGAACAGCUUGAAGCAUUAACUGAAAUACCAAUGAAAUAUGCAAAAUGCACUUAUCUGGUUGAAGUCUUACCAGAUCACGAGUUAAGAGGUCAUGCCAUAACCAACCAUACAAGCUACAAUCACGUUACAUGCAUUGAUCCGGAUUACCUUGAGAAGGACAUAAUAUGCAAUGCAAUUACUCGUGCUGAUGGCCGUUUUAUUCUCGUACCUGAGGUUCAUUCUGCUAACUAUGAAACCAAAUAUAUUACUGUUCGACAUUUUCUUGUACCCGAAAGUGUAGUUCCAGAAGGAGUAUGCAGCAGGUUUGUCUGUCAAUAUAAAUAUACGAAAACUUUCUUCGACAAGGUAAAGGAUGUUAUUCGUAACGAGGAAGUUAAUUCCAGAACAUCAAGUCUUGCCGCAAACAAUAAUUUUUAUUUGCGCGUGGAGGAGAUUUACAAAGAGUUGAAUGUUUAUCAAUAUAUAGUGUCGCCUUGUUCUCUAAGAGAUGUUCCAUUAGAUAGAAUUCUUUAUCUAAGAACUCGAGGUUAAUUAUCGGAAUUGAUUUUGACAGUCAACUCAUAACUAAUAACUCAU